AUGAAUGCUCUGCGUGGUAAGCGUUUGGAUUUUGCUUUUUCGGAGAGAAAAAAUGUACCUUACAGAAACUACAACCGUGGUUGGGUGGGCUCGCACCAGCCGUCCAGCUCUGAGAGGGCUUUCCGUAGGUUUGCAGCCCUUGGUACAGUCACAGCAGCAAUUUUGUUGGUGUUUACCUGUGCCACCCUUAUCGCAAAGCCAUUGUGGUCUUGGAAACUAGGUCGGCGAUUGGCUUCUGGGAAGGGGUUAAGAGAUGUGCAGGACGGCCGUGAGGACUCGCUGGAUAUAUGCGCACCCGGGGAAACUUCAAACGAUCAAAAAUCGGAGCCCUACCCAUAUACUGCGAUGCCGCCCGAGCGGGCGCCAAAAGAAGUAUUUUUAGCCAAAGAUAUAGGAAAGUUAGCUCCGAGACAGGCCGAGUCCGCGCAGCUUGAAAUGGAGCCGGCAACUGACCGGUCAGACGCCCGGUUGAGAAAAGACAGGCCGAGUCCGCGCAGCUUGAAAUGGAGCCGGCAACUGACCGGGCCAACACCGGCAGUAAGUGUGGCACCUUCUCCUCUUGAUAUCAAUUUAGAAAGCUUGGUGGACGAUGAGGAACUAAUACUGCGGAGCUGGUUUCCAGAACCGCCUAAAGAUAGUCGGCCAGCUAGCCACUUUGACAGCCAUUUCGAUACGGAAGCGACUUUUUCAGAGUGCGAGGACUUGCGAUGCUAUCGAGAGGCCGGCAACGGGCCAACCAUAUCGUCAACAGAUUCAGGAUUGCGACAGAGUCAUCCAGUAGGUAGCAGCUUAGCCAAAGUAGGAAGUGGAACUUCUGACGUAACAAUGCAGGUAAUUCAGGCGGAGCCGGAGCGUUCUGCGGAGGGCGAGAGCCUUGCUGUCGUACCUGCUUUAGGAACCAGCAACGAUAUCAGCGGACACCCUUUCUUCCGUCUUCCCUCUGUUCCGCCGGGCCUCAGCGCAAGACAGUUCGACGUUGCCAACAUCACCCUUUCUUCCGUCUUCCCUCUGUUCCGCCGGGCCUCAGCGCAAGACAGUUCGACGUUGCCAACAUAG